AUGUCUGCCGUAAUUACACUGACUCCAUUGAACGAUUCUUUUCAAACGAAAAAACUAGUGCUCUCACCAUCUGUUACUUACAAAGUAGGAAGACAUACGAAUAAAUCGACCGCUCCAGCAUCAUCCAACCUAUACUUUAAUUCCAAGGUGCUUAGCCGACAACACGCAGAAAUAUGGCUGGAAAAAGACACCCUUGUGGUUUACGUUCGAGAUGUAAAGUCUUCCAAUGGAACUUUUGUUAAUGGAAAUCGACUGUCUUCUGAAAACAAAGCUUCUGCACCUUGCAAAUUGAACUCAGGAGACGUUUUGGAUUUUGGUGUCGAUAUCUACAAUGAAGAAGAAAUCAUUCAUAAAAAAGUAUCUGCACAAAUUCGAAUACUAACACGUGGAGUUCCUGCUUCAAUGGGCCCUGGUCGACCUCUAGAGACAGAAGUCAUGUUGGACUCGAUCAUGCGUCAAAUGGCAAUUCAGUACCAGAGAUGUGUAGAAUUGAAUGAAAAUUUAGAAAGUUUAGAGCAUGGUGUCCGAGGUAUGUCAACGACUGCUGGUUUCAUCAAUAAUUCUAUUUAUUUAGACAGAAAGUCUUCUCUUCGAACCUCUGAUAGCAUCAAGUCUGGCGAGUCUUCAUCUGUCACUCGUGGAUCCUUAUCCACAUCGUCACCAGAUCAAGAUUUACUUUCUCCUUCUUCUUUUGAAGAUCCAAACAAGUCCACUAGUACUUCUUCUCCUCUUCCAUUGUCCCAUAAGCAUACUACAGAUGCUGCCAUCAGGGAAGCUCAAUUGGCCAAAGCGAAUUUAGAGUCUUGGAAAGCGCGUGCUUUUACAGCUGAAGCAAAGCUUUCUACGAAACGAGGCUUCUGGUACAAUAAUCGAGCUUUCUUCCUUUCCCCCUUCUUCAUCGCUGUUGCAGGAGUUAUCGUAUACCUAGGGUGCUGGAGGUAG